AUGUCUAGUGGAGGGCUACAAAUACAGCCUAAAGCUAUCAUCGGUUUAAGAUCCACUGAAGUUGUUAAUGAUGAAUUCCAAGAUCUUUUCUCGGAUAAUAACGAGCCAGGCCAAUUAAAGAUCACAAUUCAGGCAUUACCAACAAAUAAAGGCAGAGGAGGAGCGUCUGCGUUUAAGAUACAAAAUAUUACGCAGUAUAAUCAGAUUUCUUCACACAUAUUAACGCUCUGCAGCCUUUUAGGAAAAUUUUCUUCACCUCCUCCAUAUAAAGACGCUCUCGAUUUCAUACCACAGAAAAUGGCACAAAAAGUUCUUGUCGAUGCACUCAACGAAUUCUACAAAGAUAAAAAUUACGAAAAAUUUUCGAGAUCAAUAAGUAAAGUCACAGCAGAUAACAUACAAACAUCUGUUUUAAUACAACUUAAACUUGUCAGCGCGCCAUAUGAUCCCAAAAUAAAUCUCUCAGAAUUCGCAAAUAACGAAAUGGAUCCAAAAUUAGGAUCUUUAUUUCAUUGGUACUUCGGCUCGAUUAGUGAUGAUCAUUUAGCAUGUUCCCAUUACAUGAAAGCCUUAUUUGAAAUCGCAAAAUGCGCAUCUUUAGCACCUAUUUCGAUUUUCUUCCCAGAAUUUUCAUACGAUAAUCUUUUAUUCAAAUUCUGCACCACAUUAAUACAUCUGUUCCCUCGGAAUCCGAUUUUACCAUCAGUUAUCGAAAAACUUGCAACAUUUUCUUCAAAACCGGAGCAGAUUACAUCGAUUGAAUACUCACCAGAUUCAGCAGCUCCCGAAGAUGAUGACGAUUCAGAUUCUUUUUCCGACUUAAAAUUAAUUCAAAAGAAAAAUCCUGCGACGGAGAACAGCUUUUCCUUUAUAAAACUAGCCGAAAACGAAGUUACAAAUCCAUUAGAAUACAUUACGAGGUCUUCCGACCAAGUUGUUGUUUCAAUGGAUGAUUCUCCUGUUAUGAUUACGUAUCAGAUCGAGAAUGGCCAGUCGAUGAUGACACCAGACAAGUUCCAAGCAUGGAUCAAGUCACAUUACGUUCCCAGGGAUAAGCUAAUCAAAGAAAGAUUUCUUGAAGAAUUAUAUCACAGUCCAUUAUCAUCUUCCACUCCGAAAAAGCUCUCCCAGAGUGAAAUUAACGGCAUUUACCGCAUACUCUACGAGCAGGAUAUUCGUCCUCACAUACCAAAACAACCAGAUUCAGAUCUCCGAGCCCUCCAGUUACUUCCUGUCCUCCAUUUCAUCAAUAUCUACAGCCAGGAAUUCUUCGGAAACUACGCUCCCAUACAAACAUUGCUCAGAAACGAAUACAUCUGCCAUCGAGCAAUAGAAACUGGGGAUUCCUCGCAAUGUAGCCAGGCUUUUAACUAUCUAAUCAGUCAGAUACACGAAAAGCUCGAUAUUUGUGACAUAGAUCCUAAUAUGAAACUAAGACCAAUUCCAAACCAAAAUUUCAUUCUCUCGGAACAAGUGAAACUAGUGAUGUUCCUCACCGAUAUCACACUUAUGUCCGAAAGCAGGUCCCCUUUGACCUUGUUGCCGUUCACUAUGGCCGUUCAAUACGAUCCUUCGAAAUAUGAGUUCAUUUCUCAACGAAAGAACCGAAUCGGAGCAUUGUACAAACUAUAUUCUACAUGUGCUCUACCUCCUUAUCUCAUUUUCAGGGCUGCUUUCGCUCUAGGAAUCGCUGUACAAGAAGCAAAACCUUCAAUUGCGGUCAGAUUCAUAUUUGAAGGCCUCUACAUACUACUACGUGAAUAUCCAAUGCUUGCAAAGACUGUUUGGGUCAAUUCCGCUUUCUUUUCUCUUGCAGAAAAUCUCGAAUUAUGCGGAAAGUACAGAUAUUGCGCGGAAUGCAUUGAUAACACAUUAACAUUGACUCUUCAGUCCCCUAACCAUGCAGCGAAGGCAGCAAAGAUCGCAAAGAAGUACGAAGACUUACAAAGAGCAAUUUUCUUUUAUACUUAUUCUGUGUCACUUUUACUCGAAAGAGGUUUAGCGAUGGAAGCUAUUUUUAGCUCCCAAAUUCUUGCUAAAAUAUAUGAGUCAUGCGGCCAAAACGUUGAAGGAAUCCAAUUCCUUUCUUAUCUGUUGAAAGAUGUAAAUCAAAUUUCUUUGACAGAUUCAACAAAAAGUGACGGAAGGACACAAGUCAUCAAAGAAGCAGUUCGACCUGAUACAAUACAGCUUCUCAUCUGCGCAAUCUAUUUAUGCGAACUUUACUUGAAAGUCAACCAAUUUUCCGCCGCAGAAACAUUAAUCAAAAAUGUUGAAGUGACUGUCAAAAAACCAGUUGUCAAAAAAUAUUUGAGAUACUUGUCAGAAAAAAUCAACAUCUCGAGAAACACUUUCAACGGGUUAGUCAGCAUGCCAGACUUCAACAUGCGUGGUAGAAACAGAUCACAAACAUUAGGAGGCAUCUCUGCAACACAAUUAUCAGAUCCAACUGUUCCUUUGUUGAAAUCUCUGGCAAAACAUUGUAUUGCUAAAAAUGACAAAGAAAUGGCUUUGUUUUGGUCAGAACUCAUCUGUUAUUCAUCUCUUUCGCAAGCAAAUGCUGCAAAAGAACAUGCUUUGGGUUGUUAUCUAAGAGGUUUGGCUUUAACAACAUUUAUUGAUGAAAGUUACGCGAUGCCAGAAAAAUUCUUUAUAAAUCACGAAUUGACAUUGACUGAACAAGAAUUUGGUUCAUUUUUGUCAAAGAACGAAUACGAUACUCACAAGUUAUUCACUGAAGCAUUGAGUUCCUUUAAUUACUCAAUGAUUUGUUACGAUAGAUGUGGAAAUCCCGUGAAAUUCCUUGAAGCUCAAUUAAGUUAUACAGAAAUAUUAUUGCUGUAUAUUCUUAAAAUGAAUGGCUACAAGAGAGCAACGAUUCAGGAAUUCAGUUAUGGAAAACCAACAUUUGAAACAACUACACCUGACAAACAGCCAUUUUGUUUGUUGAAUGUUGCUUUUGAUUCCAUAACUUUAACGACAUCAAACAUCAUUGAGCACUUGCAAAUGCAAUGUCACGCGAUAGAUAAACUCGUGAGAACAUUGAUGGAUCCUGUAUUGAUUAUAAGAUCGCAGAUUGUCAAUGGAAUGUUCAUGCAGUUUAGAAAGAAAACUCAUUACGCUGAAACAUAUUUUAAUUAUGCUUUCACGAAUUUGAAGAAAUAUUUCUUCGAUGAACAUCAUUUUAUUAUAAGAGAUGUUGGAUUCUUCAUGGGUUGGAUGAUGAGAAGAAUAUUAAGGAAUUUAAUCACUUUGUUGUUGACUUUUAAUUCUGAGUUUAUCAACAAACAUUUGAUUGUUUUCGACAUGUUUAAUGAUAUGGAAAGUUUCUACGCAAACCAACAUAGAAUGGUCAGAUACUCUCCAAAGAUAAACAUCAUCGAAACACUCGAAGUACAGUCUUCUAUCACUAAACUCGGCAAUCCAAGAUUCCCUGAUUUCAUGCACAUAAUUAAGGAAUACUGCAGAAAUUAUGAUCCGAAUUCUUCUCACGACAGAAGAUACGGAUCGAAAGAAUGGGAAUUGCUGAAUUUGAUAAAGAUGAAUCGAUCAAAUGUCAGGUUGUUUACUCAGAACAGACUCAGCGAAGACCAAGUCUACGAAAGCAAUAGAAUUGGUUGCAUGCAAAUGGAAGAAAUUACUGAAUCUAUAAGAAAAGAAAAUGAAUGUCAACAUUUGACAGAAUUGCCACCACAUUCAAUUGAAACUUCUGUUUUCAUUAUCGCUGUUAAUGGACAAAUAAUGACAUACAUUCCUGUGAAUGGACAGAAGAAAGUCCUUAAGUUGAAACAAGGUGAAGAUGGAACAUUUGUUUUGGAUUGUUUGACUGAUAAUUUCAACUUUUCUUCUUCCAUUUUCAAGUCUUCUUUCUUGGAAGCUGUUGCGAAUUUGAUUGUUUCUGUUCCGAAUAUCCCUGUUUCUUAUAAAUUCGGACACAGAUUUGCAGAAGAAUGCGUCAAGUUCGGAACAUUUUUGUUUGGAGAAAUUCCUUUCUUGCAUGAAUUGGAAGAAGAAGAAAUAAUUCCAGAUGAUUCCGUUUUCGAAGGAAGUGAGAAACUCAAGCUUGAUACAAGAGGAUCUUUAGUUUCUUUGAACACAACUAAAAGGCCAUUAGUUGUUAUUUCUUCUCCUUCUUUGAAUUUCAUUCCUUUCGAGUUGAUGUUUCCGAAACUGACUGUAAUAAGAAGCACUGGUUUCUUCAAGGCUUUCAGAAGAGAAAACGCUCCAAAAGGUAUCCAAAGAGUCGCAGUUUUGAAGUGGAGAACAGACAGCGACAAAUACGGAGUAAUUUCUUGUGUCAGAUCCAAUGAAAACAUCAGAAACAUGUUGCAUACAUUGGGAUGCCAAAGAAAUCCAAAGAUAUGGGUUGGAGAUUCUGAAAGAAUGUUCAGUUUCCCAUUUGCUCUUUUCGAUCCUUUGAGGACAACAAGCAAAUACGCUGAGAAAUAUCAGUUUUGCGAUAUUUAUCCAAUAAUUUUCGAGGAUUACGACAGUGAAAUUAUUUCACGCGAAAGUCCUUUGUUUGUUUUCUCUUACGCUGAUUUGAGUGAAUGGUCUCCUGUUGUUGAUGAACUCGUCAACGCAUCUCCUUCUUCUUCUUUCAUGUUCAUUCCUGCUCCUUACAUUGUUCACGCAUUCAACAUAAUGAAUGACGUUUUCAAGAGACAUCAGAAACGAAUUUGUUUUGUUGAGAAGAACAAUAACAACAAUCUACAGCUGUCUGACCACACCAAACUCGUUCGUAAUACAUUCCAGUUUGUUUCAACUUUGCAGAGAACAUUGAUCUCCAAGUUGAAAGUUCCAAUUUCAAUCAUUUGUCCAACAAGAGAUUAUGUUGAAUAA